UCCGCUUAAAGCGCCAGGAGGACGUAUGAUUAUUGGCAGCACCGGGCAACUUAGUGCCUAUUUAUGACUGUUAAUUUGUAAAAGUGCACGGCGGAGUUCUUCUCUGUGCUCCUAUUUACCUAAAUAAUGUGAAGUUAUCCAUAUUUGUAUCCCUCCCUCGAGAAAAGGCACAACUCCUGCUCUCUCUGCAGUUCACUCCAAAAAAACUCACUAGAGCUGUCAUCACGUCGCUGCAAGGUUUAUCAAUGUGGUUGGAUGCAUGGGUUUGACCGCAGAGUGAGCUGGUGACCUUGUUGACUAGAAACUCUCACACUUCAGGACCAUGAACAUGGCACUGACCUGGCUCCAGUCUCACCUGCCCUGUGCUAACCUGACCUGUAUGACCAGUAUCAACCAUCCGCACGCUUCUAGGAAAGCUUGCUGAACAGGACUGUGGAGAGAGAUGCUGUCUGGGACUUGGAGGCGUUCUGUGGGGCAUCAGCAGUCUGCUGCAGCACCUGUGGUGAGCCCCAGGGGCAUGACAGUGUGUGGUGUCCCCAGUGGUACAGUGGUCCUCGAGGCCCAGUAUGACUACAACUACCGUGGUGCUGAUGGACGGCAGGUCUGCAUCAGGGAGGGCGAACGGUUUGUUCUCCUGAAAAAGACCAACAGUGACUGGUGGCAGGUGCGGCGGAUUGGAGCGGCCAGUAAAACAAAGCCACUGUAUGUUCCUGCCACGUAUGUGACAGAGGUGCCUAUUGCACCGAUGCCCUCGCCGCAGCGCCUGGUUGUGUCUGCCUCGCUGAACUCCAACCUCAGGAUACUGCCGAGGGUGUCACUCUCUCCCACCCCUAAACAGACCACCUAUAAUGAGCAGAGUCAAGUGAACAAACCCAUCUUCCGCUCCAUGGAAAACCUCAACUCCAGCAGUGCCUUCCAGGGGCAGGAGAACAAUGCCAGCAUGGGCGGAGGCCGCUUCCCCACCCUGCCCCUCUGGUCUGGUUUCACCUUUACCCCCAACUCCCCCACCUCUCCAUCAGGCCACCUCAUGGUCCCUGGGUCCCCCGCAUCUUCUACAUCAUCACAGACUGGGCCACACAACCCCAGGGUGGUCCCCAUGAUCACUCGGAGCCAGAGCUCCAGCAACCUGUCUGAAAACGUGAAUGAGAACCCGUACGAUGAGGUGGGUGGCGGCUUCAGCAGCCGCACCAACCACAGGGUGCCCAAGAAGUCUUGUAGCCAGUGGGACAUGGUGGGAGCCUCCGGCAAGAACAACCAUCUGCAGAGCCAGGGCUGUGAAUGGACACACAGCACACACACACAGAACAGACAGCUGGCAGACCAUGAGGAGGUACCAACAGAGUCCUAUCUGUCCCAGCUGUCCUGGCAGGACUCUCCUCUUUACACUGAAAUGCAGCCAGGGAAACGCCUGUCGCAGCCGGAGCCGCCCUGCCCUGCCCCAGGUCAGCAGCCUCUUCAGGUCAUGGACAUGUGGGAGCAGUACACGGACCUGACAACGGGGAGAUACUUCUAUGUCAACAGCAUCACCAAGGAGAGGUCCUGGAAACCGCCUCGCCGGUCACGUGGACGCACCCCCAACAAGGCCGAUCCAGUACAACCACAGACGUUACCCAGAGAAACCAGCCAUCUGUCACUGCCACUUCCUGAAACUGGCAAUGGAACAAUGCACAAGCUGUCACCUGAUUUUGUCUUUGGGAGCCACCAGAGGAAUAAUGACAGUGGCUGGCAGAUGAAACAGAGCAUGCAGCGUGCCACCUCCUCUGACACCCUGAGCACGAUGUCGUUCAGCAAUGCCGAUGCCCAGUGCCAUAACUCUGCCGCCCUGCAUGACGCCAAGCAGCCGCUCAGCCACUCCCAAUCUAUGAUCCUGCCUGAGAACGGCAAGCUUGUCCAGCAGCGCAGAGAUUACUCCUGUAAUGUGACCAAUAUUGUCGUGGAGCCUCCGUCUUCUGAGAGCUCUCCAGACAGCGAUGGCUGCACACCGGAGCUGGAGAAAGCCGGCCUCUUGAACAAAACGAAGAUCGCAGAAGGAGGCCGGAAACUGAGGAAAAACUGGAGCCCCUCCUGGGUGGUGUUGGUUGGGAACAGUCUCGUUUUCUUCAAAGAUCCUAAAUCACAGACACCUUCCAGCUGGAAACCAGGUAACAGUCGCCCUGAGAGCAGUGUGGAUUUAAGAGGAGCACAGCUGCAGUGGGCCAACGACCUGUCCAGCAAGAAGAACGUCUUCAAGCUGAGAACAGUUACAGGCAAUGAGUUCCUGCUGCAGUCGGAGACAGACUCCCUGAUCAAAGAGUGGUACACCACCAUUAAGAGUGUCAUCGACCGGCUGGACCGUGAAAACCCGUUAGACAAUGUCCUUCUGUACUCUCUGAGGCGAGCGGGCAGCGUGGAGAUGCUGGACCACAGUGGAGACGAGGAUGAAAGGAGAACGUCACUCCCUCGUUCAACGUCCAACCUGGAGAACACGGAGAGGAAGCGAGUGAAGACUCGGCUGAAGAAGCUGAUCCUAAAGAGACCGCCUCUGCAGGCGCUGCAGGAGAAAGGGCUCAUUAAAGAUCAGGUGUUUGGCUGUCGUCUGGAGAUGCUCUGCGAGAGAGAGAGGAGCACCGUCCCUCGCUUCGUCAGACUUUGUACUGACGCCGUGGAGAGGAGAGGACUGGACACUGACGGCAUCUACAGAGUAUCAGGGAACCUGGCAGUGAUUCAGAAACUACGCUUCCUGGUCGACCACGAGCGAGCGGUGACUACAGACGGCCGUUACAUGUUCCCGGCAGAUUUGGUACAAGGUAGAUUCAGACUUGACAAGGAGGAGAAGCUGAAUUUGGACGAGAGUGACUGGGAGGACAUUCAUGUCAUCACAGGAGCUUUGAAACUUUUCUUUCGUGAGCUUCCUGAGCCCCUCGUGCCCUUCGGCUUCUUCACCGACAUCGUGGAGACAGUCAAGAUGUCGGACUACAUGGACAAAGUGGAUCGUCUGAAGUGUCUGGUGCUCAACAUGCCUCCUCCAAACCAUGACACUCUGCGGUUCAUGUGUCGCCAUCUCAAACGAGUGUUGGAGCGCUCAGAUACGAACCGAAUGACCACCCAGAACAUCGGCAUUGUGUUUGGCCCGACCCUGAUGCGUCCAGAGCGGGACAACGGCAACAUGGCGGUGAAUAUGGUUUACCAGAACCAGGCGGUGGAGCUCAUCCUUAGCGAGUUUGACCACAUCUUUGGAACACAGGGCCCCUCUUGAUCUUUUCGGACAGAGGAGGCGGGGAGAGGGGGGAUUCCGAAAAGCUCCUCCAGAUCACAAGAAAGCACAAGUAGUGCAGCGUUUGUCCUCUUUGCCUGUUGACUCAUGUGGUGUAAAAUGGGUUUCACAUCGAAAGAUAAUUACGGGGUAGAAAGAACCAGGACAGAAAGCUGCUAAUCAUGACAUCUGGCCUCCAUAUAGAGCCACGCUAAAACAAUAAUAGUAAAACAAACCAAUUUUAGCUGCAAUACUUGUGUCUUUGACUGCAGAUGUGGAGUGCAGCCUCGGUGUUCCUUACUGCUGGAGCAGACGCCUACCUUGUCACUUUUCCUUGAUGUUUCAGACUCAGUCGGGAUAAAUAAAAGCCAUAAAAGUGAUAAAUCUCCUCCAGCUAGCUGACGAUUAACCGGUUAUUUAUCAAGGAUUGUGAGGAAGGUUGUGUCUUAACGUAGCACUGAAACUUAGCAGAACCAUCUCACUGUGAAAAACACAUGCACCAGCACCUCUUGCAGCAAAGGAUGGACAGAUCACACCUGCAGUGGAAAGCAGAGGAUAUACUGUAAAAUAUGCAAACAAGCAGGAAGCUAGCUGGGCGUGUAAAUGUGCCCGUGUCCCUGCUGAAGUUAUACAGUGUUUGGAUGAAGAGUUUUUAUGUUAAUGUCAUACUUCAGAGGUGAAGUGUGACUCUUCAAAGCAUGAUUUCAGCGAUGGGAUGAAUGUGCCAACAGGGCAGCAAAUGUUCCUUCGUACCAAAUAGUACUUUGUAGUGUGUGUGUGGACCUUUGAACCUUCCCUUAUUGUACAAAUUUGGAUCUGUCUUCUAUUUUUAUUAGUUCAAACUCCUCAGAUUAAGUUAAAAAAAAAUAUUGUAAAUAUGUGAAAUACCGUCUUUGUCAACUAGUAGCACUUUGCAUACAGUGUUUACCCUAAAUAUGAUAUAUUAGCCAAAUUCAAACUGAUACAUUUGCUUUGAAAUGAAGAGUUUGUCGUUAUAAUAUUGACUGGACCUGAUUGUUAACUCUCCUGCAAUAAAAAAAAACAA